AUGAACCGAGUACGAACAGCGCCACUCCCGCAACUGCCUCCUACGAAUGUGGAGCCGAGCACGGACAUAGCUGCGCUAAGGAGGGAGCUCGCGCUGCUUAAAGAGCAACAGGAGAGGUCCGGUUCGGCGCCGUUUAAUGCCGAGGAAUUGGUGCGCUCCAUAAUGGGGCAAGUGGGUACUAUGGUGAGUGCCCAUUUCGAGGGCUUGGAGGCUAGGCUACUUCCAGAGCAACGAGUCCAACCACCGUUGCCCGCAGAUGCAGCUCGUGAGUCGGGAGUACCUGCCACUACACUUAUGGCUCCCGCUAAUUCUGGAAUGAAGGGGCGCAAAAAGAAGAGCAAGAAGACGUCCCCUAAAAGAGCACAGACAGAUGCUCCAAAGGAGGUUGAGCCGCCUCCACCUGCUCCUUCCAACGCAGAGGGGUGGAACCUGGUGGCCAAGCGGGGCGCAAAGAGAAAGGAAAGGCGCCAGGAUAAGAAAAGUGUCCAAAAGCCUAAUACU